AUGUCUGGAACAGUCACCAUCUCCGUUCUCUGCGCCCUUGCGCUUGGAAAGUUCGCGAGCGCUCUAGUGCCCGCCGACCCAACCAUCACAAGCCCGGCCGUGCUACCAAAGAGGCAGAACAACGACCGAUUCAUCGGAUGGGUAGAGUCCAGCGGAGGAUGGUAUUCUCAGACUUGCAACGCCGGCCUCACAUGGUAUCAAGAUGGAAAAUACGCUCAAUGUUGCCCGGCUACCCUCCAGUCCUGUUAUGCACCCACUGCCUGCGUUCGCGGAUCGUUGGUCUAUCCUUACUCUGAUAAAUCAACCACGAGGACAAUCGCCUGUACCGAUAACUACAACAACAAGCAAUUUUCGAUCUGUAAUACCGUCUUCAUCUUCGAGAAUAUGAGCGACUCGAACCCCAAGACCGACAUUGUCUGCGGUCCAAACUCUAGUAACUGGUCGUAUUAUCGCAAGAUCCCCGCAUCUGCCACUCAAGCAGUAUCAUCCGGGUUAGCGUCCUCAGUACCACAAGUAGAUCCCACCGCCGCUACUGUUCCCAAGACUGCCACAAAGAAAAAGUCAAAGUCAAAGGCCUGGAUCGCAGGCGCGGUCAUUGGUGUCCUUGCUGGACUUGCUCUCAUCGGUGCAAUUGUCUUCUUCCUCCGCCGUAAGAAGAGCAAGAAAGCUAUCGCGCCUCAGGCCGGUGGCGCUGCCAUGGUCCAAAACGAUCCAUCCCAGCCGCCCGCUGGUGUCGGAGGCUACACAGAUACCAAGCCUCAGUUCAGUCCCCAACAACAACCACAAGCUUAUGGUCAGCCCGACCCAUAUGCCCAGCAAGGAGCCUACUCAGCGCAACAAGGUUACGCUGCAGCACCGACUUCGCCUGCUCCCCAGUACAAUGCUCCUAAUCAGUACAAUGCUCCUAAUCAGUACAAUGCGCCUACUCAAUACAAUGCGCCUACUCAGUACGAUGCUCCUGCUCCUGCCCCGUACAAUGCUCCUAGCAGCCCGCCGCCUCAGCAAGCAUACCAGUCGCCUGCCAAAUAUGAAUAUGCUGGCGCCCCCGCAGGUGGAGCGGCAGAACUCGGUGGUAACUCGAGGGGUAUCGCGCCGGCUGCUCCGGCUGCUCCAGUUUCUCCUACGCCCCAGGCUGCAGAGUUGAGUGGAGGUGCGCCAGUUCAUCAAAGCCAGCAGCAGCCAGGUCACGGUCAAGGCACAUAUGGAACCGCCGAGUUGCCCACUCCCCCUCCAAACUCCAGGCCGGUUUAUUAA